UCACGAUAAAGUCAAGCGCCCAUGUAACGAAGACUUUUUCAUCAUCUUGCAUCAGGUCUGCCUUUACUAACAUGCAGAGUGGCAUGAACGCAUCUGACCAGGGGGCGUCCCCACCAGCAGGGAAAGAGAAGCAAGCAAAGAAACACAAGUCAAAGUCACAGAAAGAAGGUGCCAUGUCACAUGAUGGAAGUACAGAAAGUGUGAACAAGAAAGAAGACAAACAAGAAAAACAAGAAAAAAAGACACAGUCUCUAAAAUGUGAUAAAAAAGAGGGCAAAGGUGCAAACCAUGCCAAGGGGGAGAAUUCAUCUGCAAAGAAAAGUAAUCCACAAGCAAAAGGCGUUAUUCCACAAGCAAAGGGGGGUAUUCCUCAAGGAAAGGGAGGUAGCCAGCCUGCAAAAGAAGGGGAGGCCAGUGAAGGUGAUGGUCAAUUAAGUAAAGCAGAGUUGAAGAGAUUGAGAAGGGAGAAGCAGGAUGCACAGAGAGAAGCCAAGGACAAGGCGAAAGCUGAUAAAGCUGCUAGCCAACUGAAGAAGGAAGCCGUGGUCCGAGUCCCAGACAGUCUCAAGGCUGAUGUGCCCGAAACACAGAAAAAAGUUGCUAAAAGACUGGAGAAACAACAGAUCCCAAAACGUACGUCAGCCCAGCGCAAGGUGCGACUGUUCAACCAUCUACAGCAGUAUGAGAAGGAAGUCUCCCUUACCCAGUCUCUUCAGUUUUCUAGCAGUGGUAUACAUCCUGCAAUUAUACGUCUGGGUCUACAGUAUGCAGAAGGGGUUGUCAGUGGCUCCAAUGCCAGGUGUAUAGCUCUCCUUGCUGCAUUGAAGUCUGUAAUUGCCGACUACAGCACUCCACCGAAGGAGGAGUUAUGUAGAGACUUGGCUAUGAAAAUAAAACCCUACAUCAGUUAUCUGAACCAGUGCCGACCACUCUCAGUGAGUAUGGGAAAUGCUAUCAAAUCUGUCAAAUGGCAGAUAGCUCAUACACCAGGCAACCUAACAGACUCAGAGGCAAAGACUCGGCUGUUCGAGGCUAUAGAUGACUUUCUGAGAGAAAGGAUACUGUUAGCGGCACAGGCUAUAUCACAGGAGGCGACUGUCAAAAUUUCAAAUGGGGAUGUUAUAGUUGUCUACUCUUGUUCCUCAUUAAUAAGAAGAGUUCUCUGUGAUGCACACAAAGCAGGGAAGGUGUUUCGAGUCAUAGUUGUUGACAGCAGGCCCAAAAUGGAAGGGCGAGAGUGUCUAAGAAGGCUGGUGAAGGAAGGAAUCAAGUGCUCUUAUGUCAUGAUCACCGCCGUGUCCUAUGUCAUGUCUGAGGCUACAAAAGUUUUCCUGGGCGCACAUGGCUUGUUAGCAAAUGGAUUUGUCAUGUCCCGGGUUGGCUCUGCCCUGAUUUCUCUCAUCGCCAAGGCAAGCAAUGUCCCUGUUCUUGUGUGCAGUGAGACAUACAAGUUUUGUGAACGUGUUCAGACGGACUCAUUUGUAUUCAAUGAACUUGGGGACCCAGAUGACCUUGUGGACAUUGAAAAGAAGACACCAUAUCUUUGGGACUGGCGAGACUACAGCUCCCUAACAUUACUCAAUCUUGUGUACGACUUCACGCCACCAGAGUUCAUAACCAUGGUGAUAACGGAACUUGGAAUGAUUCCCUGUACCUCUGUGCCUGUUGUGUUGAGAAUGAAGCAGGCAGAGACAAGUGAAACCGGUUUAACAUAAUGUUAGUGUGUGACAGAGUCUAAACUUGAUUUGUUGAGUAAAAGAAUGUCUGAACUGAUGUUUGAUAAAAGAAUGUCUAAACUUGAUUUGUUAAGUAAAAGAAUAUCUGAACUGAUGUUUGAUAAAAGAAUGUCUGAACUUGAUUUGUUUAGUAAAAGAAUGUCUGAACUGAUGUUUGAUAAAAGAGUGUCUGAACUUGAUUUGUGUAGUAAAAGAAUGACUGAACUUGAUUUGUUUGGUAAAAGAGUGUCUGAACUUGAUUUGUUCAGUUAAAGAAUGUUCAAACUUGAUCUGCUUGGUUAAAAGAAUGUGUAAACUUUGUUUCGUAAAAAAAUGUCUUAAUUUGAUUUGUAUGUUAAAGCAAUCAUUACAUUUUUUUGGCUUGAGACUUCAUGAUAUGUCUACACAAUUAAUGUUGUGAAGCUGUUGUUUAUUGUGAUAUACACUGGUAUGUGUUUAACAUGAUAUGAAAUGCUAUAAUUCAUAUUUCAUUUGUAAAAUAGGGAAUGAAAUUAAAGCGGAUCAAUCUGA